GAGAGUACUUGUCUGGAUCUCAAUGCCCACUUUCGUGUCGAUGAGUACGGGUUUUUCUUGUAUUGGGCAUGCGAAGGACGCGAUACGAUUGUCAUCGAUCUUGUCCAGGUAUGGGAGGCACGCCCAGCGGGUUUGCCAAAAGACGGUCGAGUGCUGUUCGAGUUAGAGCAACGUGGUCCUCGAGAAACGCUGGAGGAACGAACCAUUUGGAUGACGCAUGGCAUAUGGCGUAACGGGUUGAAUGAUUUGUUGAAGAAUACAAAACUUCGGCAUAUUUCCUAUUCGACGUGCCUCUUGAAAAAUUGGCGAUAUUUGUGUUUAUCGCUAAACGAUCGUCGCAAAAUUCCGAUCAAGAAUAUUGUGAAGAUGUUCGCGAGUGGAAAAAGCGACAAAAUGGUCCAGAAAUGUCUCAGUGACUUAGGUUUAUCUGGCGAUAAGGUAUGUGUCUUGCUAUUGCAUAUGGACGAAGCCUAA